GCGUCGCUCUUAUGACAUUUCAGUUGUGUAUUGUGUAUUGUGUAAACAUUUAACAGAGACGGGUGUUUUGACACUACAACGGAGUGGACGAAGAAAAAAAGCAUUUUACGAAAAUUGAAUUUUGAAAAAAAUAUUAUCAAGUUUUUCCAAUCAAAUUACACGAUUUUCAGAAGAAAAUGAAUGCGGAAACCUCAUUUGAGCUACGCAUUCCGGUGAAUAUUGAGCAAUUGGAUGGAUAUACUUCACCAGAAUUCAUUUUCAAGCAAUUCUCAUGGCGAGCUGAGACGGAGAAAAUGCAUUUCUCAAAUAAUGUGACAACAUUAGGAAUAUUUCUUCGUUGCAACAUAACAGAGCCGGGCCCGUCCGAUUUUUCUUGUAUUGUGAGUGCAUCGAUGUGCUUGAGAUCAUCACGAUCGUCGAUUGAAAAAUCAGUGUACUUCAUGCAUUUCAGCCCGACGUGCAACAAACACGGUUAUCCACAAUUCAUUUUAUGGACAGAUCUGAUGGAAUCAUUUGUGACCGGUCGCAGCAUUACAAUUCACAUGAAAAUUCGAGCGAUCGCAUUAUCAAUGCCCAAAUAUACGGUGGACGUGACCACAUUGUCGACAUACGGCAACAAUGACAGUGAAAAACCAUUAAAAGUGCGUGCAUUUUUCAAAGAAAUUUACAAAACACUUGGUGCCAUUUCAUCUGACAUCCAUUUCCAUGGUUCAAUAUUCAAAAUUUGUAUUUUCAAACGACCAUAUGAAAAUGUUGAACAUUUUUGCGAAGAUACAUUGUGGUUGUAUUUGCUUUUUCAACCUGGCGAAGGACAAAGUUACAAAACACUGAAAUGGUCAUAUUCAUUUCGUUUACUUACUCAAAAUGACACACUGGGCGCAUUGUCCACAAAAGUACGGAAUGUGAAAUUUUCGACAUUGACGAAUUCACAUGGUGCACCGUUCAUUAGUUUGAAUGAACUUUUUUAUUCAAAAAAUAUGUACAUUUCGGAUGGUGGCAUCAUUAUCGAAAUGGACAUUCGUGCCAUUAAAGACACACAAACUUCGGCUAUCAACAUUAAAAAUAAGCCACAAUCAUCAAAACACAAUCGUAUAAAAUUAGAGCCACUCGAACCACAAUUGAACACAGUUUCCAUUCGACAAAGAUCCGAUGAUCGCAAAACAAAUGAACCGUUGACCGAAAUUGAUACAGAUUUUGUGCAUGAACCAGAAAAUGUCCUGCAAUUGAACAAUUGUUCGCCAUCGACGUCAUCAACACUACUGGAUAGUCGUCUGCCGAACAACAAACGAAGUGUUGCUGUUAUCAAACCAGAACUAAACUGUACAUUGUGUGCUGUAAAUUUAAUUGAAACCGAAACAUAUACCACGAAGUGUGGUCAUUUGUACUGCAUGAAUUGCAUGAACAACGAUGUGUCAACCAGAGGAAUGUGCAUCAAAUGCAACAAGCAUGUUAGUAAAUUUCGUUGCAUCCAAGUCUAUUUCAAUGAUGAACAACGAAUCAAAAAACGUCGUUGCGUUGAUACCCGAGCUUCCAAAUUGCUUCGAUCUUUCUUGGAAAAAACCGAUCAAAAUCCAAGCAAUGAACUGGAAUUGAAUUGCCCGUUGUGUGCAAAAAGUUUAUUCGAUGUCAAUACAUUUACAACUUGUUGCGGGCAUAUGUAUUGUAGGGAAUGUUUGUAUGGCGAUAUUGGUCAACGAAAGAUGUGUAUAGUUUGCAAUCGGGUGGAUAACCAGAAAUACUGGACGGAAAUAUUUUUUUCUUGAAUUUUAACAAUUACCGAAGAAUUACGCACAACAACCAAAAUCCAUUCAAAAUCAACAAUCGUUCAAGUAUCAUCAAGUAUCACUGAAACAAAAGACAAAAUUAAGACACAAAAAUGCAGAGCAUUUGAAUUUAAUCCGAAUCCAUUUUAUGAAAUCAACAAAAAGUAUUGUUACGUAUUUGAACAAAAUGUAUUUAAAAACAUAGUAAUUUGAACAUUUAAAAGAAAAUGUUAAUAACGCCAUUCUUGCCGAUAGAUGGCCAGUGAUUUUUUUAUUUCUUCAUGACAAUGGCAACAAUGUGCAUUUGACAUUUCUCUAUUUUUGUUUAGCAUUUAGUUGAAAAGACAAAAGCGGUUAAAUCAUUGAAUUUUCAUUUUUUUCUGCAAUUUUUUUUAUAAGUAUACUAAAAUUUAUUUGGAAAUAAAAUAAAAAACCAUUAAAAGAACAAAACAUGAGUUGUAAUAUUAAUGAAAGGUGUUUAAUUGUACGAAAUUUCCCGGCAUCAUUCUCGGAAGAAGACAUUCGUAGUUUCAUGCAAAUGUUUGAUCCAAUCGAUUUGAAUGUUUUCCAAAUUCAACAUACGGUCAUUGCUGAAUUCAAUGGUGCUGACCAUGCUCGCAAUAUAUUAACAUUACUGCAUCAAGAAGUUUUGGAUGAUAAUCGACUUUUUGUAGAAUAUGCGCCAAAGAAUCGCAAUCACGUGGCCGUGCUUUGUGCCGACGAAAAUUCAAUGAUCCAACAAAGUACAGCAUCCGAUAGUGUUCACCAUGAAACGAUUGAAAGUGUAAGUAAAACAUUGAAACGACUCUAUGCAACAGCGGAUGACAUGCAUUUUGAUCAACCUCCACCGCAUCAUCUGCACUAUGAAUAUCCAAAGGCAAAUCGUGAUAUAAUCGAUGCCAUUUGCAUUGCACUCGAAUGUGUGCCAAAGUUUUACACACAAGUGUUGCAUUUAAUGAAUCGAAUGAAUUUGGAACCACCAUUUGUACCCGGCGACAAACACUUAAUCUAUGAAAGUGCGUCGUGUAGAAUACAGUAUGCCUGCGCUGAAACACAAACCGAUGAAAUUAUUUGGCAAAAUUUGCUACGCAAUAAACGAAAAUUCGUUGCAUCAGAUGAAUCGGAACUGGAAUCCACAAAUUCAUCGACAGACGAGGAAAAAAUCGAUAACACACAUCCAUCUAAGUCAAAACGAAAGAAACUUGCUUCGAAUAUCGAAGCUAAUAAACAAGUAUUACUUAAGAAAAAACAAAAGAAUCUAUUGAAGAUGCAGCGUCAACAAAAACAAUUGGAAUCAAUUGAGAAACCCAUCAAUGAACAGACAUCACAAUCGAAAAUUAGUGAUGCAUUUGAUUUGGAUCAACAACGGUUGAAAUCAUCCACAAUAAAAAUUGUUGUGCCCGAACAAUUGCGUGAUGUAACACCACGGACUAGUGUGGCGACAAUCAAUGCGACAGAUAUUAACGAAACGAAAUCCAAACAAAGUGGCAAUCGCAUUGAGAUGGAGGUAAAACCGAUUGAAUCACAUAUAUGGACCGAUUCGGAACUGAAUGAAAAUCGAAUUCCAGUCGAUCAACUUAACGGACAUCCGAUGUUCAAAAAUUAUAAUGCGGGCGAAAUAAGCAAUCGUCUGUACAUCAAAAAUAUAGCCAAAGAAGUUUUAGAGUCUGAUCUUCGAGCGAUUUAUGGACGUUAUUUGGAGGAGAAUUGUGGUGGAUGCGGUAAUAUUCGUUCGAUUGAUAUUAAACUGAUGACCAGCGGACGAAUGAAAGGUCAAGCUUUUAUCAUUUUUGACGGUCCUUACUUGAACUAUGACGUUGAUGAAGCGGCAGAAAUGAAUUUAACAACCAAAUAUCAAAUGAUUGAAAAAGCACUGCACGAAACAAAUGGACUUAUUUUAAAAGGGAAACCAAUAGUCGUUGUUUACGGUAAAAAGAAAUAAAUAAGAUGACUGAUUUUAACUACUAAA